AUUCAUAACGAUUUCAAGAAAGAACAAAAGCAUUUAAACAACAUUCAUGUCCAAACCUUCCUUACUUAAAGAUUAAAUUUGGGCUCUUUCUUAAGCUUUCAAAAAUAAUGCUUAAUUAUAAACCUCUUAUACCAUGUGUUUUUAUACUUACAAUAUUAUUUUUGCUAACCGGCGAAAUUUACGGCCAUGGAAUGAUGUUAGAUCCUGUAAGUCGCUCAUCUAGGUGGCGUUAUGAUAAAACAGCUCCUAUCAACUAUGAUGAUAAUGGACUCUUCUGUGGAGGAUUCGGUGUUCAAUGGUUUAGUAAUAAUGGAAAAUGUGGACUCUGCGGAGAUGACUAUGCUGCCCCAAGACCUAGAGAAAAUGAAUUAGGAGGAAAGUAUGGAAAAGGAGUCAUUACAGGAAAUUAUCUCCAAUCACAAAAUGUCCGUAUUGGAGUCAAAAUAACUACAAACCACUUAGGAUUCUUCUACUUUCAUAUUUGCAAUUUGGAUAAAUUCAAAGAAGAAUCUGAAGACUGUUUCAAUGCAAAUAAAAUUAAGUUUUCCGAUGGAAAUUUUAAGAUGUACAUUGGGACAAAAUCUGGAAUGAUAUAUCCAAAUAUUAUUCUACCAAAAGGUUUAAAUUGCAAACAUUGUGUAUUAAGAUGGAGCUAUCAAGCUGGUAAUAAUUGGGGGCCUUGUGGCAAUGGAACUUCUGCCUUGGGUUGUGGACCUCAAGAAAACUUCAAAGGCUGUUCCGAUAUAAAAAUAACAAAUACAUUUUCUAACACCAAGAAAGAUCGACAAAGAAAAAGAACAUUUAUUCAAAAAAUCAUCAACCAAAAUGUCUAUUCAGAUUAUGAUGUCAACUUUAUGCCAAUUCAUGAUGUCAUUCAACCAAAGAAGCCAGUUGAUUUUAAUUUUUAUAAUCAAAACGAAAUUUAUAAUCCUUUUAUAUCCAAAAUUGAAGAAAAGAAAGAUUUUGAUAUGGAAGAAGUAAUGAACCCUGUUGAUAAUAAGAACUAUGAAUUUACAGAGGAAGAAGAAUCUGAUCCUUAUUUGGUUAAAGAUGUGUUUUACAAGGGCGAAGAUGUAACUUUUGAUAAAGAGUUAUUAAAUGGAGUUGAUAAUGGUCUUUUUGAAGCUCCGGAAUAUGUACAAGAAGAUGAAACUGAAAUGAAAAGAGAUUCAGUGUUUAGUAAAUUGAAUGAUUUGUUUAAAUUUGACCAUGAAAAUCGGAGGAACAAUGCGUUGGACGAUGGUUUUUAUGAUUUUGAAGAUUUUUAAUAUUACAAAAGUAUUUCAUCUCACAGUUUUAAUUAUACCUACGGUAAAUUAUUUCAAACCUAACUAUGUAAAUUAAUUUUAUAUAAUAAAUCUUUAUGAUUGUGAAUUAAGUA